UUGUCAUGUCCACGUAGCACGAAUAUUUUCAGGGACUUGAAGCCAUCAAAUGUGCUGUUGGAUGCGGACUGUCGUGUGAAACUCGCCGACUUCGGACUUGCUCGGUCGCUUUCGUCGCUGGAAGAUUAUCCAGAAGGCCAGAACAUGCCCGAGUUGACCGAAUAUGUGGCCACUAGAUGGUAUCGUAGCCCGGAGAUUUUGCUGGCCGCAAAACGAUACACAAAAGGUGUCGAUAUGUGGAGCCUUGGAUGUAUUCUAGCCGAGAUGUUAUUAGGUACUGAUUUUUAUGUAGCUGGUUUGUUUUGA